GAAACCUUGGUUGAAACAAAUUGUUAAAACAAACUGCCGCCGCUUGAGAAAUGCAUUAUUGAAAAAUUUGAGCUACGAUAAACAAGUGUUGUGUCGCGUUGAAUCCGGGAAAAUGUCCUUCAAAGAUGUCCGAGACCUCUCCGAGCACCUUAAACUACUGGGCUACCCGAACAACAUCCCAAUAUCGGUCCUCAACACCCCGUACGGUGGCCCGGAAAGCUUCAAGGCCUAUUCGGAUAUCCUCAGGUGGUUGGUAGGUCGUCUAGAACCGAAUCUAACAUUGGCCGGGGGAACCCGAUCUGAGCAGGAUCGUAUUUUGUUCGUCCGUUGCGCCACCGAAUUUCUCGUGACCAAGUCCAGCAUCAAACUAAACCCCCGGAAGUUGUACGCGAGUUCGGCCGCUGCCGCUAAAGAGUUGCUCAAGGUGACCUCCCUGUUGAUUGCCUCCCCGAAGGUUACCGGAAGUGAAGAUGAAACGGUGAACUCGCACGUGGAGAUCGACCUUUCCGAUAAGAUGGACGACCUGAAGAAGGUUCGCGGAUUGUCAUCGGAGCUGACUAAUCGUGGAGCCGCGCUGUACGAUCUGCUGAAGAAGGAACUAGUCAAUAGGGAAACGAGGACAUUGCAGUCCAAUCGACCAUUGGAACUGGUUCACGUCGAGAAGGUUAUUAAAACUGCCAUCGGUUCGUUGGACGGGAAGUUGACGAAUUCUAAAACGACCUUGGCAAGCUUGAAGGCCGAGAACUCAAAUCUGUCGUCGAAGAUUCAACGGAAAGCGUCUGAGCUGGAGCGUUCGAAGCAGCGACUGCAAGCGCUUCAGAAAGUUCGGCCGGCUUAUUUGGAGGAGUUUGAAAAGUUGGAGAUCGAGUUGAAGGGUCUGUACGAGCAGUACAUCAUACGAAUACGCUGCGUAGAUGCGUUGAAGUCGGCGUUGAUCAUCAAGAACCGAACUCCGACGCCGACUUCUCCGAUCGCGAAAAUGGUGGAUAGCAGCAUGACGAUCUUGCCGGAGGGUCUGAUGGAUUCGGAUGACGAAAACGACGAUGAUGACGUGGACGAUUUCGAUGAUCGGGAAGAUGUGAAGCUGAAGACGGAUAAGAGGGUUUUGAGGAGUGAGUUGCUAAAUCGGGAUCGUGGGUCGACGCGGUUUCGAACUAGGAGUAGCCAUCAUGUAGAUCAGGGAAGUGGGCCGUCGGCCAUCAGUGGAUUGGAUCGUGUGCGGAUGAUUGGAGGCAUGAACGACGAUUUGGGGCCGUUGGACAGUUCACUAGGGAGCUCGGCAGAUUCCGAGAGUGAUCUGGAGAUGGGCGGCAAUGGCUUGAUUGAUCAGCUAAGAUCCGAAGACGACGACGACGAGGACGAGGAGGAGGAGGACGAAGCCGAUGUGCUCGCCAAACUUACCCGGGAAAAUUCGACCCGCAAUCGGAGCGCCAAGCUGCACCAGGACCAUCAGAGCGAUGAAGAUUUUUAAAGUUUUCUCUUCAGCUAUGUCUUUAAAAAGGUGUUUUCUUUACCGAUAAUUUAUUAAUUUAUUUAAAACAUAAUUGAAACAAUGUACAAUAGGAGAAGGUUUUCUAUUAUAUGGUACAAGAUCUUAUAGAAAGUUGGAGUCAAGUGUGAUUAGUGUGUUUCGUGGAAGUGUUCGUGAGUCACUUUAAAACUUAGUUUGAGCAGUGUUUGUUUUUGUCCCAAUUACAGUUAACUUACGCGCUAAUGAAACUUUUUUGUUAUUCGUUUUUUAAGAGUAGAUAAUUUGGAAAUUUUUGAUUGCGUUGCUGCAAAACUUUAAAAUAACGUUUGCUUAUAUUUUUACAUAAAAUACAUAA